CGCAGGAAACCUUUCCAGCGGGAACCUUGACGUUAGAGGCUUAGGUGGCCGACGGCUUCUGAACAAAGUGGAGAAAGGGAAAGAGCGACGGCUGAAGUAAACGUAAAUCGGAGCGCGCCGGAAGCAGCCUGAAAAUGAAGAGUGUGAUCUACCAUGCCUUUUCUCAGAAAGAGGCAAAAGACUUGGGUGUCCAGAUGGGAGCCCAGCGGGCUGAGGCUUUCAUGAAGGCCUUCCUGAAGCGCAGCACCCCCCACAUGAGCCAGCAAGCCCGUGAGGACCAGCUGGACCGCAAGGCAGUCAUUCUGGAGUACUUCACUCGCCCCAAGCGAAGGGAGAGGAGGAAGAAAUCCAAAGGCCUUUCUGCCCGACAGAGGAGGGAGCUGCACCUCUUUGAUAUCAAACCGGAGCAGCAGAGGUACAGCCUGUUUCUCCCCCUGCAUGAGCUCUGGAAACAGUACAUCAGGGACCUGUGCAGUGGCCUUAAACCUGACACGCAGCCACAGAUGAUUCAAGCCAAGCUGUUAAAGGCAGAUCUUCAUGGCGCUGUGAUUUCAGUCACAAAAUCCAAAUGCCCUUCUUACGUGGGUGUUACCGGAAUCCUUCUGCAGGAAACAAAGCACGUCUUCAAAAUUAUCACCAAAGAAGACCGCCUAAAAGUUAUCCCCAAGCUAAACUGUGUGUUUGCUGUGGAAAUUGAUGAUUUUAUUUCCUACAUUUAUGGGAGCAAAUUCCAGCUUCGUUCGAGUGAGCGGUCUGCAAAGAAGUUCAAAGCAAAGGGAACAAUUGACCUGUGAAUUCUUUGCUCCCUCAUUCAUGACACCUGAAAACUGGCAACUCUCAGCGAAGGGAUGACUGAGCCGACUGGUCAGAGGCCACCUCCAGCCAUGAAAAUGAGAGCUAAGGACAUUGUGUGACACGGGAGGACACGUAGUAUGCUGAGCUCAGAAGUCAGGGGACAGGGGGGUGUAUAUUUCUGAGUGAUCUCAAUUUUACAUUACUCUCCUGAAGAGACAGGACCAGCAGAGCACAUAGGACGGCACUGGUGCUAGUGCAGCAGGAUGGUCAGGGGUCUCUCUGUCAGACUCCUCUGAAUGUUCUGUGAUACAUCAGUUGUAACUGUAAUACAGCACUAAUGCAGGCACGGACAGGCUUCCAGUAAGGACUACUCCUGCAACUCAGCCACAUUGAGAGGGAAGGGGAUCCCCAACACUGCACCUGAUGGCAGGUGUUCAACAAAAAGAAAAGUAAAAAACACAGUCCACGCACAACUUUGGGUUAAACUCCUUGACCUAACCAGGGUUGACUUCACUGUUUGAAGAAAGCUGGAGGGGAUUAAAUGAUGAAGUGGCUCAGUGA